AUGGAAGAAGUGAAGAUUAAGAAGAGAGGACGAGAUGGGUCGGAGGAGACUGACCCAGUGAGUGAUUUGCCGGAGGUUAAGAGGCUGAAGGAGGAUUUAUUGGACAGUUUGGGUGAUGAUGAAUCUGAAUUGUGCACAACGAGUCAGGAUCUUGACUCGUUCAUGAAGAGUUUCGAGGAGGAAAUUAUGGGUUCGCAUUCACCGACGGAGGAUUUCAAGCCGGGUUCUGAAGAGUCUCAACCGGAUCUGGGGUAUUUGUUGGAGGCUUCGGAUGACGAGCUUGGGCUUCCUCCGUCAACGGCGUCUCCGACGGGUGUAUUGAGUGAAGGGAAGACCGAGUUUGUCCGAGUCGACUCUGACUCGUCCGAAAUUGGUGGUGAGUUGUGGGAGUUUCCGAGUUAUGACUCAUAUGAGUUUGGUAUCGGCGAAACAGAGAACUAUAAUAACAGUAACGGUGAAUAUGUGGCCCUAGACGGAUUGUUUGACUAUUCGGAUCUGGGUUUCGGGUUGAAUGAUUUUGAAUGGCAACCCAAAUUGCCGGCCCAAUAG